CUAAACUCCAAUGUAUAUUUUGUUUUUCGCUUGUUGACAAAAAUUUUUUUUUUGUGAUCAUGGUUGAAGAAAUAUAAAUUAUAAAGUUGUAGUUGAUUGAACGGAAUAAUACAUUUUAUGUUUUGUGUUUGCACUGAGAAAAAAUGUUUCAUAAAGGAGGAGAUGGCAAACCUAAAGGAUUUGGUUUUGGUGGAUUUUCACUUGGUGGAAGGAAACAAGAUCAAUCAACCACACAUUCGCUGUCUGCUAUGCCUCCGCCAACAAUGGUGAAUAAACAUGGCUAUACUGGAUUGCAAGCAAUAACCCAGAAUGCUUUAGAUGCAUCUUAUGGCAUACCACGCAAAAGACCCAAAACUGAGGAAGAGUAUUUUGAACAAGAAGAUGAAGAAGAAGUUUCAACAAAUUCUAAUACUUUAGCUUAUAUACCUGCCCCUGGUAGUCCGAGUUGGGAUUUGCAGAAUCAAAAGCGAGACUCAGAUAGUGAAGAUGAUCCAUUAGAUGCAUUUAUGGCUGGCUUGGAAGAUCAAGUUCAAAUGGAAAAUCAGCAUAUAGAAAAAAUGAAAAAAAAGAAAGAGGAAGUAAAGGGCAUACGUGAUGAUAUUGAAAAUGAAGAUGAUGAAGAAUCAUAUUAUAGAUAUAUAGAAGAAAAUCCAACUGCUGGACUUGAAAAGGAAGACAGUGAAAAUGAAUUAGAAUAUGAUGAAGAUGGUAAUCCUAUUGCACCUGCAAAAACAAAAUACAUUGAUCCCCUGCCUCCAAUUGAUCACUCAGAAAUUGAAUAUCUUGAUUUUGAGAAAAACUUUUAUGAAGAGCAUGAAGAAAUAUCCAGUUUAUCUGAUCUAGAAAUGGAGAAAGUCAGAAAUAAGAUGGGAAUCAAAGUUUCUGGUCCCUCCCCUCCAAAACUUGCCACAAGUUUUGCUCAUUUUGGAUUUGAGGAAAAACUUAUCAAAGCUAUUCGAAAAUCUGAAUAUACCCAACCAACGCCUAUUCAAGCGCAGGGCAUUCCAGCUGCUCUUUCCGGUCGAGAUGUAAUCGGUAUUGCAAAAACUGGUUCUGGAAAAACGGCUGCAUUUAUUUGGCCUCUAAUAGUACAUAUUAUGGAUCAGAGAGAUCUGGAAGCAGGUGAUGGACCUAUUGGUUUGAUACUUGCACCAACCAGAGAAUUGGCUCAACAGAUUUACAUUGAAGCUAAAAAGUUUGGUAAAGUCUAUGGAAUAAAUGUAGUUUGUUGCUUUGGUGGAGGAAGCAAAUGGGAACAAACCAAAGCUUUGCAAGAAGGAGCUGAGAUUGUAGUUGCAACUCCUGGGCGCAUGAUAGAUUUAGUCAAAGCAAAAGCUACAAAUCUUAGAAGAGUUACUUUCCUUGUACUAGAUGAAGCUGACAGGAUGUUUGACAUGGGAUUUGAGCCACAAGUUCGCUCAAUAUGUGACCAUGUGAGACCAGACAGACAAACUUUGAUGUUCAGUGCUACAUUCAAAAAGAAAAUUGAGCGCUUAGCUCGAGAUGUUUUGACAGAUCCUGUUCGCAUUAUUCAAGGUGAACUUGGAGAAGCUAAUGAAGAUGUGACUCAAAUUGUACUUGUCAUGCCAGCAGCUCCAGCUAAGUGGGUGUGGCUAACUAGUAAACUUGUUGAACUUUUAUCAGCUGGGAGCGUUUUGAUAUUUGUAACAAAGAAACUCAAUGCUGAAGAAUUAUGUAAUAAUUUGAAGUUAAAAGAAUAUGAUGCUGCUUUGCUACAUGGUGAUAUUGAUCAAAAUGAGAGAAGCAAAGUCAUCUUGUCUUUUAAGAAGAAAGAAGUCCCAAUUUUAGUUGCUACUGAUGUUGCUGCUCGGGGUUUGGAUAUUACUCAUGUGAAAACCGUGGUUAAUUACGAUAUAGCUAGAGAUAUUGAUACUCAUACUCAUCGAAUUGGGAGAACUGGUCGAGCUGGAGAAAAAGGUAUAGCUUAUACUUUGGUUACUGAUAAAGAUAAAGAAUUUGCAGGACAUUUAGUCAGGAAUCUUGAAGGUGCUAAUCAGGCUGUCCCCCAAGCUUUGAUGGAUCUUGCAAUGCAGAGUGCUUGGUUCCGAAAAUCUCGUUUUAAACAGGGAAAAGGAAAGAAAGUCAAUCGUGGACAAGGAUUUGGUUUCAAAGAAAGACCAGGUUUAGGUUCUGAAGAAAUGUUUUCUAAUUCAUCAAGCAAGAAAGAUAGCCUGCCCAGCAUUUCUCACUCUAAUUUUGCAAAAUUUAAUGGACCUCAAACUGACAGGCUAUCUGCUAUGAAAUCUGCUUUUCAGGCACAGUAUAAAUCCCAGUUCACAGCAGCUACUGACACUGCCUGGAAAAUGAGUGCUAAAGAAGCUGCAGCCCGUGAACAAAAAGAAAAAAAUAGAAAGGAGAGGAAAAAAAGUCGUUGGGAUAACUCGUAAACUUCUCUCAUUUUGUAUAGUUUUGAACAGACAAUUGAAUGUCAUUUCUUCAGUUUUUAUAUCUGAGAUGUAUUAUAUUUGUACAUAACUGCCUGCUGCAACUCAAAUCAUCUGUGUAAAGAAUUUCAUUCUUUGGUAAAAUCCUGAUUUGUCAGUCUGUUGUAUACUUAUAAAAGCUAAAAUAUAAUA